UUUCUUUUGACGAAAGGAUGAAGUCUCUAUCUGUCAUGGAAGCCAGGAUAUUGCAAAAUAAAAAAGGUCUUAAACUUUUGAACAGCACUGUAUAUAUAAAAAUUAAACCGGUCCUGAAAGGGUUAAACGCUGAACAACAUCUAGCGUUUAUGCUCAUUGCAAGACAUCUUGAUGGUGAAAGUCAUUUGAAACAUGGUGAAGAACAAGAACAGCUUCUGAUGUGCAUACCAGGCACUGGUGGUACCGGUAAAUCUCAUUUAAUCCAAGCAAUAACAACAUAUUUUAAGUUAACAAAUCGAAAACGAGCGUUAAGGAAACUAGCUCCAACAGCUGUAGCUGCCAGUAACAUUGACGGCCAAACAAUUCACUCAUUUUUGGUACCGGUUCAAGGUGUACACGAAAGUGUGAGACCGGAUGAUAGUAAAGUAGAAAGAGAAUGGCAAGAUGUUGAAUAUGUAUUUAUUGAUGAAAUGUCAAUGGUUGGCCUAAACCUUUUGGCUCCCUUAGCCGAAACGAUAACGCUUGGCAAAAGUGCUCCAGCAGAACUUCCAUUUGGUGGUGUUAAUUUGGUGUUGUUUGGUGUUGAGAGUGGAGACGGUGAACGUACCGGCAUACCACUUGUCCCUGGUAUGCCUGUACUGCUAACGAAUAAUAUUGCAAAUGAGUUAGGAAUAUCAAAUGGAACAAGCGGAAUAUUCGAGACUUAG